AUGCGGUACAAUGUCUUCACCCCCAUCCUGUUGGCGGUCACGGCACUUGCUGUCCCCGUCCCCAAUCAGAACGAUGUAAUCGGUGAUGCCGGCGUUGCCGUUAAUGUCGGCGGUGACGAGACCGUUGGUGUUCUCGAUCGCAAGCGUGAUGUUAUCGACGAUCUUGGUGCCGCUGCCAACGUUGGCGGCGAAGAGACCGUUGGUGUUCUCGAUCGCAAGCGUGAUGUUAUCGGCGAUCUUGGUGCCGCUGCCAACGUUGGCGGCGAAGAGACCGUUGGUGUUCUCGAUCGCAAGCGUGAUAUUAUCGACGAUCUUGGUGCUGCUGUCAAUGUCGGCGGCGAAGAGACCGUUGGUGUUCUCGAUCACAAGCGUGAUGUUAUCGACGAUCUUGGUGCUGCUGUCAAUGUCGGCGGUGAAGAGACUGUUGGUGUUCUCGAUCACAAGCGUGAUGUUAUCGGCGAUUUUGGUGCCGCUGCCAAUGUCGGCGGUGCUGACACCAUCGGAGUUGCCAAGUGA